CUGAUACGCGCCGCUCGCUGACUGACGGUCACUGCUUCGCGACCGUGAGGCGUAAAUGGCCACAACAUCUCCCCCAAAAAGGAAAGACGCUGCCAGUGAGACGACCCGUGCAGCGGCAGAACGCGUCCUGCACAUUUAGGACGCGUGUUUGCUAUACGGGCUAUUAAUAAGAGCCCGAGGGGGAAGUUUCUGUGACCGAUUUUUUUUUUUUUUUUUUUGGAGAGGAUCUGCAAACAUGGACGAGGACAACCAAGUACCUGAGGACCUGUCUUUGGAGGAAAGAGAUGAGCUGUCGAAUAUACGACGCAGGAAAAAGGAGCUUCUUGAUGAUAUUGAACGGCUGAAGUUCGAGAUUGCAGAGGUGAUGACUGAGAUUGAGCAGCUAACCUGUGUGGGGGAGAGCAAAACCACGCAAAGAAACAAACAGAUCGCCAUGGGGAGGAAGAAGUUCAACAUGGACCCUAAGAAGGGGAUCCAGUUUCUUCUGGAGAACGAUCUUCUCCAGCACACCCCAGAGGACAUCGCACAGUUCCUCUACAAAGGCGAAGGCCUCAACAAAACAGUCAUCGGGGACUACUUAGGGGAACGGGAUGACUUUAACAUCAAGGUCCUUCAGGCGUUUGUGGAGCUUCAUGAGUUUGCAGACCUCAACCUCGUACAAGCCUUAAGGCAGUUUCUGUGGAGCUUCAGACUUCCUGGCGAAGCCCAGAAGAUUGAUCGUAUGAUGGAGGCGUUUGCCUCCAGGUACUGCCAAUGCAAUCCUGGCGUCUUCCAGUCCACAGACACCUGCUAUGUCCUAUCAUUUGCCAUCAUUAUGCUGAACACAAGCCUGCACAAUCCCAACGUCAGAGACAAGCCCCCCGUUGAGCGCUUCAUCUCCAUGAACAGAGGGAUCAAUGAGGGAGGAGACCUCCCGGAGGAGCUACUCAGGAAUCUAUACGACAGCAUCAAGAGCGAACCCUUUAAGAUCCCAGAGGAUGAUGGGAAUGACCUGACGCACACGUUCUUCAACCCAGACAGAGAGGGCUGGUUGCUUAAAUUAGGAGGCCGAGUGAAAACCUGGAAGAGACGGUGGUUCAUCCUGACUGACAACUGCCUCUACUACUUUGAAUACACAACAGACAAGGAGCCUCGUGGGAUCAUCCCACUGGAGAAUCUCAGUAUCAGGGAGGUGGAGGAGCCAAGGAAACCUAACUGUUUUGAGCUCUAUAACCCCAAUCACAAGGGCCAGGUGAUCAAAGCCUGCAAGACGGAGGCAGAUGGGCGUGUUGUCGAGGGCAACCAUGUGGUGUACAGGAUAUCAGCGCCUACCCCGGAAGAGAAAGAGGAGUGGAUUAAAUCCAUCAAGGCCAGCAUCAGCAGGGACCCCUUCUACGACAUGCUGGCCACCAGGAAGAGGCGCAUCGCCAACAAGAAGUGAACAGGGAGAGUCUUCUCAACCCUCCAGCUCCUCCAUCUUUCUCCCCUUCCGUUCAUGAACACAUAAACUACACACACUAGGAAGCUACUUCGCCACAGAGAAGGAUGUCAAACCCCCCGAAAAGACUUCAAAUACAAACCUCAGUUUCUCUCCUGGACUGUCCACAAGUCAUGUGCACUUGCUGCGGAGACAUAACACGCUACUGAGGGGACAGAGCUGUGGACUCUUGCACGGAGCAGCACUCAAACAACCAACCAGGCGGAUUGUUUCUUCUCCAUCUCAUACACACUCCCCUACCUCUCCGUCUCAUGGUCAUAACAUGUUUCUAAGCAUCCCUAAAGCACAACUGCCAUGUUUCAGGUGCUCAUGCA